UCCUCCUCCUCCUCCUCCUGUGCCAGGUUCUGGGAGCCGGGGGAUUCGCCGCUGCCCAAAGAUAUCAGCAUGACAAAAAAUUGGGAGGGUAGCAGAUUGCUGGGGGCAACCGCCCUCGCCAACCUGUGUCCUCCGAGCCUCAGAACCUCGUUCGACCUUAACCUUGACUGGUCAACGGCCCGUGACAAGCACUGCAGCCCGAUCUAUGCGCGCACAGACUACUUGACGAGCAGUAUAACGCUGCAGUCGCCAAGCUCAUUCUGGUCUGCCUUUCUCAGCCCCAGGCCCGUGGAGCCCAGGCUAGCACAGCCAGCAUCCGCGCCAACACCAACAGAGCCUCCAGUGACAGUGUUACAGCCGAUGGACGACGCAAUACCAGGAGACCCCGGCAGGCACUCCGCCUUUACUUUUCCGGAGCAGCAGUCCGACCCUGGAAGAAAUGAUUCUGACGACCACGAGCAGAAAAGUGACACGGACGGACACUCGAAGAAAGACAGGAAAAAGUGUUACCAGCGUUACCCAAAGCCACCAUAUUCCUACCUCGCUAUGAUAGCCAUGGUCAUCCAGAACUCCGCGGAAAAGAAACUCACCCUGUCCCAGAUCCUUAAGGAGAUCAGCAACCUAUUUCCAUUCUUUAAAGGGAACUAUAAGGGUUGGAAGGACUCAGUGAGGCACAACCUCUCCUCCUAUGACUGCUUUGUGAAGGUGUUGAAGGAUCCGGGCAAGCCCCAGGGCAAGGGCAACUACUGGAUGGUGGAUGUGGACCGUGUGCCACUGGAGCUGCUGAAACGGCAGAACACGGCAGUGUCCCGGCAGGACGAGACCAUCUUUGCCCAGGACCUCAGCCCCUACAUCCUGCACAGACGAGGCCUUCCCAGUGCCACCCUGCGCAGCUCCCAGCACAGCCCCAAGGUGCCCGAGCCGCCAAGGCUGGACUCCUCCUUCGCCAUCGACUCGCUGCUGGACAGCCUGCGUCCGGCGAGCGCGGCAGGGGAGGCGGUGCCUCAUGAGGCGCUGGGGCACGGAGGAGGCUGGGGCGCCCCCCAAUCCCGGCACUCCUCCUCCUCCUCCUCUUCCAACAGCGCCUCGGCCAGCUCCUACAGCCCUGCCUCCUCAUCGUCUUCGGAGGAAGACUGGAAGGAAGGGGGUCCCAGGAAGCGCCCCCAGAACCAAGGCAGCUCGGACUCGGAGGACGGGUGCUCUGGCGCACAAAUGCCCCCCCACAAAUCAGCCAAGAGGACCACAACCGCCCCCUGGGAGCUGCCCACUUCCUACACCAAAUUUGCCCCCCCCAAUACCGUCGCACCUCCAAGCAUGUGCUUCAACGGUGGCUCCUUCCUGCCCCUGGGGGGGCUGCCUUUCUACAGCUACCGCAGCCCACCCUCGGUGCCCCCCCCUCACCACUCUGCCCCCUUUGUCAGCCCGGGCUACUGGUCCCUUGUGCCCUCAGGCAGUGUCUCUGUGCAGCCCACCCCCCUCCUCAUGGACCUGGACACCCUGCUGCAGACCGUCCCGCCCAACAAGAGCGUCUUCGACACGAUGACCUUCUCUGACCCAUCGCAGUACGCCCUGCAGAGCGCAGCUCCCCUCGCCCGCUAUUCACCUUACUGAACUGCCCCGUCCCUCUCUCGCGCUGCUCUGAACGUCUCCCCAUCUGUCCAACUGACUUUGCCUCCCUGGCCACAGGGGCGAAAUCUUACAAAGGCCUCGUCCGGACUCUUAUUUGCACUAUCUUUGUGUUGUUUUUGUUUGUAAACGCCAGCAUUGCUUGGUCUGGA